AUGGCAUGGAGUUUCAAAAUUUUAGCAAUUAUGUAUGUGAGAAAACAAGUUUCCAAAAAAAUUGACAAAUCGCAUCUUAAGCAACAACAAUUUGCAAGCGAUACAACAAGUGAAUGUCACAAUUUCGGUAAAAUAUUUUGUCAAAAAAUUCCAAGCAUAAGUUUCAGCUUCGAACCUCACAAUAAAAUUAAACAAUUCGUCUCGAAAGUGAAAGAUAAGAUUCUAGAUGGCAAAAGGAAGAAUUUGAUAUACAAUAUUGAUUGCCAGUGUGGAAGCUGUUAUGUUGGUCAAACCUCUCGUCGAUUGAAACAAAGAAUCUCUGUGCAUGAAGGUGGUUGCAGAAAUUUGAAUAGAUUUGCUAAUGCGGAAAUCAUAAACGAAACUAAUUUAAAGCAACAACAUGCAACAUCUGAACGUUUUGGAGAUUUUGUACAUCAUCAGCAAUAA